CCGUCAUAAAGGGCGACAAUAGCAGUCAGCUGGAGGCAGAAAAGACGAUGGUGUGCCUGUGUGGUUGAGACACUCGGCUUGUCAUAUUACUUCGGAAAAAAAAUAAAUAAAUAAAUCUGAUUGGUGUAUUUAUAACAGAAUUAAACCCCGUUCCCGAGGAAACGUCUGCCAUUUACUGUAACACCAAGAUGGAUGUGAAAGAGGAGACAUGUAAGGCUGAAAUAAACACCAUGGAGAUAACGAGUAUAAAUAUGAAUGAGGAGGAUUUGGUAGGGGAGUCUGUUCACCCUAAACAGGAAAGUCUCCAGAUUAAAGAUGAGGCUUAUGAACUGGUAACCGUGGGCAUUAAAGAGGAGGCUGAGGAGACGUCCGUCAGCAUUGAGACGCACAAAUAUAAAAUCAUUGAGCACGACGGCAUCAAGUUGAGGUCUGAAUCAUUACAGUCUGACACAGAGACGACUGAGGAUAUUUUGCCUGUUGGAACUCAUGAUGAUCAACCACCACCGACACAUCAGUCUGGAGAAAGAGACAAACCUCACUGCUGUUUCGAAUGUGGCAAACAAUUCUGUCACAAGAGCUCUCUUCAGAGCCACAAAAGAAUUCACACUGGAGAGAAGCCGUAUUGCUGUUUGGAAUGUGGCAAACAAUUCCGUGAAAGUAGUCAACUGCAGCGCCACAAAAGAAUUCACACUGGAGAGAAACCAUAUUACUGUGCUGAUUGUGGCAAACGAUUCCGGCACAGUUAUAGUUUUCAGCGCCACAAAAGAAUUCACACAGAAGAGAAGCCAUGUUGUUAUUCAGAACGUGGCAAACAAUUCUCGUGUACCACCACUCUUCAAAGUCAUGAAGGAAUUCAUACUGGAAAGAAGCCAUAUUGCUGUUUGGAAUGUGGCAAACAAUUCUCGUGUGCCACUACUCUUCAGAGCCACAAAAGAAUUCAUACUGGAGAGAAGCCCUAUUGCUGUUUGGAAUGUGGCAAACAAUUCUGUAACAGGGGUACUCUGCAAAGCCACAAAAUAAUUCACAUUGGAGAGAAGCCAUAUAGCUGUUUAGCAUGUGGCCAGCAAUUCUAUGACAAGAGCUCUCUUCGGAUCCACAAAAGAAUUCAUGCUGGAGAGAAGCCGUAUUGCUGUUCUGAAUGUGGCAAACGAUUCUUGCGUAUCGCCAGUCUUGAGACCCACACUAGAAUUCACACUGGAGAGAAACCGUUUUGCUGUUUGGAAUGUGGCAAACAGUUCCGUAGCAAGAGUAACCUUCAGAGCCACAGUAGAGUUCACACUGGAGAGAAAUUGGAGAGAAAGAAGAGGUAUUGCUGUUCAGCAUGUGGCAAACAGUUCCGUGACAGAAGUGAUCUUCAAAGCCACACUAGAAUUCACACAGGAGAAAAGCCAUUUUCAUGCUGGGAAUGUGGCAAAAGAUUCUGCGACAGGAGGACUCUUCAGAAACACUCCAGAAUUCACAUUGAAGACAAUUGAGAAAGGGAGGGAGAGAGAAAAGCCAUAUUGCUGUAGAGAACAUUGCAAACAAUUCCCUUACAAGAGUUGUCUUCCAAGACACAAUGGAGAGAAUUUGGAAAGAAAAGCCAUAGCGCUGUCCAUUACAGGAGACUUCGAAGAUGCAGUGUAAUUCAUACGGGAGAGAGGGAUCUGCAGAGACACAAACGAAAUCACACAGAGUUAAACCAUAUUGCACAUUGGAAUUAGGCAAACAAUUCUAAGAGUUAUUUUCAAAGGCACACUAGAAUUUACACUGAAAAGAAGUCCUGAGGAGUGAGUCAAAAGUCAUCCACCUAACUACUCAAAGCUUGUUGAAAGUGGCAGCAGUAGUGCAACAUCUUCAGAUGAACCUUUGUGGUUACCGACUAGGUGGGCAGUGUUGCUGGUUCCACCAAUAUAGACCAGAGACUCAUUAAAGCCUAGAUCAAAGGAUUGAGAUCACAAGAUGUUAAACAAAAGUGCAACAGAUGAAAAUGCAGUGUUGUAUAUUAACAUAUUGUUAGUGGGCAGGAGGAUGGGAUAGCAGGCUGCUUGUGCUGAUCAGCACAUUUACAACACAAAAGAUGCUGAUGGAGCGGUGCAAAGGGAUUUAAGGUGGGCCGGGAUUAUGAAAUUUUUUGUGGGUUUCAGAUAUUCUAGUGUUAAGGAUCUAAAAAAAAAAAUAAUAAUAAAGGCUCUUUCUGAAACAUUUAUUUAGAUGGGUCUUUUCAGAACCAAAAAUGGAUCCCCUAUGGCAUUGCUCUCAAG